AUGCUUGUGGCAACAUCAUCGACUUUGGAAGUGAGACAAGUGGCUCAGAAGCAGCGUCAUAUGCCCUCAGAUGAGCCUAUGAUUGUUGGUGUCAAAUAUUGCGCUGGAUUAAACAUCAGUGCGACUAUCCCUGGGCCUGUGGGGCCAGAUGACGCCGUCCUUUUAAGUCAUUGCAAGCGCCCUGCAGCAUGUUUAGCAGAAAGCAGCAAGACUGAGGAGGAUGAACAAGUUGUCUGGCCCCCGCGUGGCGCAUCAGAGUUGCCGAUUUGCAAUACCAUUCUGCGCAUCUGUUGGAAAAAAACACACACACACACAAAAGUCCCCGGCUUAACGGAAAAAGUUCCACGAAGCGACCAAGUAGCAGAGGGGUGUGUUCUACCACCCCCGGAUGAACACAAAGCAAUUAUCAAGAGGCGGCUGGAAGAAGUCCAAGAGCUUUACCGGAUAACGGAGGGUGCGGACUAUCCGAUGCUAAGGCCGGAGGACGUGUUACAAGGCUCAAAGGCAUGCCCUCGUCUUGAGCACGUUUCGCUUUACAUCGAUGCGACGGACGUCUGGGGCUCUCGAUUCUCCUUUGACAACCCUCCUGUUCCUUCGAAUCGUUCACCCUAUGCUUCAUGCCUUCCGAUCACUCUCAAUCCUAUCUCUGGUGCGAAGCGACUCAUGCACUCCCACCGAAGUGACCAGUGGCGACGGCUGCCAGGCUUUGAUUACCAGCCUGCCAGCUUCCGAAAGCCAGAGGGGUUGGAUGGGUUCCUUGGCUCAACGACAAUGAAGAGGACUGCGAAGGCGAUCGCCAUUGAGAGUAAUCUAAGCACCAAGGGGUCUCGAAGCCAAGCGGUCAAACAUGGAUCCCGAGGUUUCCAAGCCUACUUAUUCCAGGACAGUUGCUCCGGGAGGAUGGUUCCAUGA